GCGGUGGCGGCCGCCGCGGCACCCGGCAGGGCCCGCCAGUCCCUGCUUCCCCGCUCCAGAGCCGCCGCCUGGGCCGGGGCAGGGCGGGCCCGGGGCUCCUCCAUGCUGCCAGCCGCGGGGCUGCGGAGCCGACCAAGUGGCUCCUGCGAUGGCGGCGGAAGAGGAGGCUGCGGCGGGAGGUGAGGUUGCCGGUGGCGAGGCGACGGCCCCAGGUGGGCGCGCGGCGUCUGACGCGCUGGGGGCGUCCCCGCGACGCCAGGUCUGCCCCCGCUGCCCCGAGGGAAGCGCCCGCGCCUGUCCUCUGGGGCCGGGCAUCGCCUCCGAGGGACGGUGGGACAAGGCCGCCCCGUGGGGCACAGGUAAAGUGUUGAGAGAGGAGAACCAGUGCAUUGCUCCUGUGGUUUCCAGCCGCGUGAGUCCAGGGACAAGACCAACAGCUAUGGGGUCUUUCAGCUCACACAUGACAGAGUUUCCACGAAAACGCAAAGGAAGUGAUUCAGACCCAUCCCAGUCAGGAAUCAUGACAGAAAAAGUGGUGGAAAAGCUUUCUCAGAAUCCCCUUACCUAUCUUCUUUCAACAAGGAUAGAAAUAUCAGCCUCCAGUGGCAGCAGAGAAGCUCAUAGCCAAACUGAAAAGCGGAGGAGAGAUAAAAUGAAUAACCUGAUUGAAGAACUGUCUGCAAUGAUCCCUCAGUGCAACCCCAUGGCGCGUAAACUGGACAAACUUACAGUUUUAAGAAUGGCUGUUCAACACUUGAGGUCUUUAAAAGGCUUGACAAAUUCUUAUGUGGGAAAUAAUUAUAGACCAUCAUUUCUUCAGGAUAAUGAGCUCAGACAUUUAAUCCUUAAGACUGCAGAAGGCUUCUUAUUUGUGGUUGGAUGUGAAAGAGGAAAAAUUCUCUUCGUUUCUAAGUCAGUCUCCAAAAUACUUAAUUAUGAUCAGGCUAGUUUGACUGGACAAAGCUUAUUUGACUUCUUACAUCCAAAAGAUGUUGCCAAAGUAAAGGAACAACUUUCUUCUUUUGAUAUUUCACCAAGAGAAAAGCUAAUAGAUGCCAAAACUGGUUUGCAAGUUCACAGUAAUCUCCACACUGGAAGGACACGUGUGUAUUCUGGCUCAAGACGAUCUUUUUUCUGUCGGAUAAAGAGUUGUAAAAUCUCUGUCAAAGAAGAGCAUGGAUGCUUACCCAACUCAAAGAAGAAAGAGCACAGAAAAUUCUAUACUAUCCAUUGCACUGGUUACUUGAGAAGCUGGCCUCCAAAUAUUGUUGGAAUGGAAGAAGAAAGGAACAGUAAGAAAGACAACAGUAAUUUUACCUGCCUUGUGGCCAUUGGAAGAUUACAGCCAUAUAUCGUUCCACAGAACAGUGGAGAGAUUAAUGUGAAACCAACUGAAUUUAUAACCCGGUUUGCAGUGAAUGGAAAAUUUGUCUAUGUAGAUCAAAGGGCAACAGCGAUUUUAGGAUAUCUGCCUCAGGAACUUUUGGGAACUUCUUGUUAUGAAUAUUUUCAUCAAGAUGACCACAAUAAUUUGACUGACAAGCACAAAGCAGUUCUACAGAGUAAGGAGAAAGUACUUACAGAUUCCUACAAAUUCAGAGCAAAAGAUGGCUCUUUUGUAACUUUAAAAAGCCAAUGGUUUAGUUUCACAAAUCCUUGGACAAAAGAACUGGAAUAUAUUGUAUCUGUCAACACUUUAGUUUUGGGACAUAGUGAGCCUGGAGAAGCAUCAUUUUUUCCUUGUAGCUCUCAAUCAUCAGAAGAAUCCUCUAGACAGUCUUGUAUGAGUGUACCUGGAAUGUCUACUGGAACAGUACUUGGUGCUGGUAGUAUUGGAACAGAUAUUGCAAAUGAAAUUCUGGAUUUACAGAGGUUACAGUCUUCUUCAUACCUUGAUGAUUCGAGUCCAACAGAUUUAAUGAAAGAUACUCAUACUGUAAACUGCAGGAGUAUAUCAAAUAAGGAGUUGUUUCCACCAAGUCCUUCUGAAAUGGGGGAGCUAGAGGCUACCAGGCAAAACCAGAGUACUGUUGCUGUCCACAGCCAUGAGCCACUCCUCAGUGAUGGUGCACAGUUGGAUUUCGAUGCCCUAUGUGACAAUGAUGACACAGCCAUGGCUGCAUUUAUGAAUUACUUAGAAGCAGAGGGGGGCCUGGGAGACCCUGGGGACUUCAGUGACAUCCAGUGGACCCUCUAGCCUUUGAUUUUUAACUCCAAAAAUGAGAAACAUUUUAAAGCAUUUCAUUUACGAAAAACUGUCUCAACUAUUCUUAAGUACUGUAUUGAUAUUGUUUGUAUCUUUUAUUAAUGUUCUACCAAUUUUUAUAGAUUUGCAUCUUCCUGUCACAGGGAUGUGGGGAAAUAUGUUUUCCUCCCAAGAGAACCAAGUUUAUUAUAGACUCCUUUAUUCAGUGAAAUGGCUUAUAAUCCACUAGUUGCCAUAUUUUUGCUAAAAUAUUUCUAACCAAGAAUACUACUUACAUAUUGUUUUGGCUUUGUUUUAUUUUUGAUGCAGUUUUUUUUAGUUGAGGUAAUGUAAUAUAUUGAUGUUUUCCUUUGUGUCUAAGAUUCAUUUAUAAUAGUAGGUUUGUAUAAUUUGGAACAUUUUCCAUUCCUUGCGAAUUUCCUUAAUUGAGGAUAGGGCUUACACACUUUAAGAAAACAGUGAGUACUUGAACAUUUAAAGGGACAGUGCAAUUUAUGGUCAUAAUCACAUUGAAUACUGUAUUUGAUCUUUGGAGACUUAGGCAAGCACAGAGCUGGGAUAUUUAUGCUCAGUUGAGCACUUUAAGAUGAAUUUUAAGUGAGAUGAUUUCUUACUUAAAACUCAGAAAGUCAAAAGAGUUUCAGCUUUCCUUACAGAAAAGGAAGGAUCUUGGGCCCUAGAUCUUGGGGAUUAACCUCUGCAUAUAAGAUUUACUCUUAAUAGGCCAGACGUGGUGGCUCACGCCUGUAAUCCCAGUACUUUGGGAGGCUGAGACGGGCAGAUCACUUGAGGUGAGGAGUUCAAGACCAGCCUGGCCAAUAUGGUGAAACCCCGUUUCUACUAAAAAUACAAAAAAAAUUACCCAGGCACUCACUCUUGAGGUAACUAACCAACUCCCACGAUAAUGACAGUCCAUUCAUGAGCGCAAAGGCCUCAUGACCUAAUGGCACACACCUGUAAUCCCAACUACUUUGGAGGCUGAGGUGAGAGGAUUGCUUGAACCUGGAAGGCAGAGGUUGCAGUGAGCCGAGAUCGCACCACUGCAUUCCAGUCUGGGCAACAGAGUGAGACUUCAUCUCAAAAAAAGAAAAAAAAAAGAUUUAAUAUAAUCACUGAAGAUCUCUACUAUAGAUAGAUUAGGUUUUUGACAUUGGAAACAUAGUUAGGGAUAGAUUCGUCCUAAAGGAAAAAAGUAGGCCCGGGCAGAUUAAAUGUCUUGUGUAAAGUCACACAUUAAAUUCAUAGAGUUUUAAAUGUU